AUGAGCGAGCCGAAGGCAAAGGAUCCCCGGGCUCCCCGUGCGACACGCGGCGCGCCCUCCCCCGCCGAGGUCGGAGCCCCCCUGCUGGGUCGCACGGACUCAGGCGCCUUCCCUGGGAGCCAGUCCUUGGACGCCUCGCCCGUGGUCACCUCCCUGGACGGGCUGCUCUUCCCACGGCCCUGCCAGGGACAGGACCCCCCGGACGGAAAGGCGCCAGAGCGACAGUCGCUGUCCGAAGUGGAGCGCGCCUAUUCCGGAGUAGAAGCCACAGCAGGUGGUGCAGGAAGCUGCAAUCCCAGAGCCCCAGAAAAGGACAGUCGGCUGCUGGACAGUGUCCUGGACACGCUCCUGUCGUCCUCGGGACCUGGACAGAGCCACGCCAGUCCUCCUGCCUGUGAGGCCAUCAGCCCCUGGUGCCUCUUUGGCCCGGAGCUCCCGGAAGAGCCCCGCAGCGCCCCCGCUACCAAGGGGGUGUUGCCCCUGCUCAUGAGCCGGCCCGAGAGCAAGGCCUGCGACAGCCCCGGGACCGGAGCGGCCCAGAAGGUGCUGCCCAGGGGCCUGUCGCCGUCGCGGCCGCUCCUGCUGCCCACCUCCGGGAGCCCUCACUGGCCCGGGGCGGCCGCCAAGCCGUCCCCGCCCGCCGCCGUGGAGGUGGACGAGGACGACGACUCCGAGUCCGAGGGCGCAGCGGGCUCGCUGCUGAAGGGCCGAGCGCGGGCCUUGGGGGGCCCGGGGGCCCCAGGAGGAGUGGCAGCCAGUGCGCCCGCAGCGGCCGCAGGAGGCGUCGCCCUGGUCCCCAAGGAAGACCCGCGCUUUCCGGCGCCCAGGGUCCCCGUGGCGGAGCCGGACGCGCCGCUGGCGCCCGGACGCUCGCCGCUGGCCCCCGCAGUGGUGGAUUUUAUCCACGUGCCCAUCCUGCCGCUCAACCAUGCCUUCCUGGCCGCCCGCACCCGCCAGCUGCUGGAGGGCGAGGGCUACGACGGCGGCGCCGCGGCCACCAGCGCCUUCGUCCCGCCACGGGGCUCGGCCUCGGCCACCCCGGUCCCCUGCGGCGACUUCCCCGACUGCGCCUACCCGUCCGACGGCGACCCCAAGGACGACGCGUUCGCCCUGUACGGCGACUUCCAGCCUGCGGCGCUGAAGAUCAAGGAGGAGGAGGAAGGCGCGGAGGCGGCCGCGCGCUCCCCGCGCGCCUACCUGGUGGCCGGCGCCAACCCCGCCGCCUUGCCGGAUUUCCCGCCGCCGCCCCCGCCGCCGCGAGCGUCCUCGUCCCGACCCGGGGAAGCGGCGGUGGCCGGCCCCGCCGCCACCACUGCCUCGGUGUCCCCCGCGUCCGCGCCGGGCUCCACCCUGGAGUGCAUGCUGUACAAAGCCGAGGGCGCCGCGCCCCAGCCCGGCCCGUUCGCGCCCCUGCCCUGCAAGCCCCCCGCGGCCGGCACUUGCCUGCUCCCGCGCGACGCCCUGCCCUCGGCCACCGCGGCCACCGCCGCCACCGCCGCCGCGGCGGGCCCCGCGCUCUACCCGCCGCUCGGCCUCAACGGGCUCCCGCAGCUCGGCUACCAGGCGGCGGUGCUCAAGGACAGCCUGCCGCAGGUCUACCCGCCCUAUCUCAACUACCUGAGGCCGGAUUCUGAAGCCAGCCAGAGCCCCCAGUACAGCUUUGAGUCCUUACCUCAGAAGAUUUGUUUAAUCUGUGGUGAUGAAGCAUCGGGCUGUCAUUAUGGUGUCCUUACCUGUGGGAGCUGUAAGGUCUUCUUUAAAAGGGCAAUGGAAGGGCAGCAUAACUACCUAUGUGCUGGAAGAAAUGACUGCAUUGUUGAUAAAAUCCGCAGGAAAAACUGCCCAGCAUGUCGACUUAGAAAGUGCUGUCAGGCUGGGAUGGUCCUUGGAGGUCGAAAAUUUAAAAAGUUCAAUAAAGUCAGAGUCAUGAGAGCCCUAGAAGGGGUCGCUCUCCCCCAGCCAGUGGGCAUUUCAAAUGAAAGCCAAACCCUGAGCCAAAGAAUCACUUUUUCACCAAGCCAAGAAAUACAGUUGAUCCCCCCACUCAUCAACCUGCUAAUGAGCAUCGAACCUGAUGUGGUCUUUGCAGGGCACGACAACACAAAACCUGACACCUCCAGUUCUUUGCUGACGAGUCUUAAUCAACUAGGCGAGAGGCAACUUCUUUCAGUAGUCAAGUGGUCUAAGUCACUGCCAGGUUUUCGAAACUUACAUAUUGAUGACCAGAUAACUCUGAUCCAGUACUCAUGGAUGAGCUUAAUGGUGUUUGGACUAGGAUGGAGGUCCUAUAAACAUGUCAGUGGGCAGAUGUUAUAUUUUGCUCCUGAUCUAAUACUAAAUGAACAGCGGAUGAAAGAAUCCUCGUUCUAUUCACUGUGCCUUACAAUGUGGCAGAUCCCACAGGAGUUUGUGAAGCUUCAAGUCAGCCAAGAAGAGUUCCUCUGCAUGAAAGUAUUGCUGCUGCUUAACACAAUCCCUUUGGAAGGACUGAGGAGUCAAAACCAGUUUGAAGAGAUGAGGUCCAGCUACAUCCGGGAGCUCGUCAAGGCCAUAGGUUUGAGGCAGAAAGGCGUCGUCCCCAGUUCACAGCGCUUCUAUCAACUUACAAAACUUCUCGACAGCUUACAUGAUCUUGUCAAACAGCUUCAUCUGUACUGCUUGAAUACAUUCAUCCAGUCCCGGGCACUGGCUGUCGAAUUUCCUGAAAUGAUGUCUGAAGUCAUCGCUGCACAAUUACCUAAGAUCUUGGCUGGGAUGGUGAAACCUCUUCUCUUUCAUAAAAAGUGAAAGUCGUUUUUUUCUUUCAAAAAAUUAAAUUUCAUGUUAUGUCUUUUUGUUUCAGUUAGGAUUAUGAGGUCUCGAGUUUUUAUAAUAUUCUUCCAAAAGCCUUACAUUUAUAACAUAUCAUGUUGUGUAAAUUUCUGAGAAAAUUGUGAGAUUCUAAUAUUCCCUUGUAAAGCAUAAUUAGUAUUUUAAAGUGUUUUUGCGUGCCUAUAUUUUCUUUUAGAGUUUACAAGAUUGAAAAAGUACUAAAACUGAUUGUUGAAGUAAAAUAUAUCUGAUUCAUAUUAUUUCAUACCAUUUAGGUGAAGAUUUUUAACUUUUGCAUCUACUUUGGAAAAAGAACUUACAGUUCAUAAUGAAAAGCUAUGAUUGAUAUUUGUUACUUCUAGGGAGAUCCCUUUGUCUCCCAAAAAUGAACCUGUAUAAU